GGUCUUCUCUGUAGCAUGGCACCGAAGAAAGUGGAACCGAAGAAGACGGAGGUGAAGAAGGUGGAGGCGAAGAAGGAAGAGCCUCCUCCGCCAGCCAAACCUGACGAGCCGGAGUCCAAACCACCCGAGGUGGACCUGAAGAGCAUCGUGGUGGAGUUCACCCCCGACCAGAUGGAGGAGUUCAGAGACGCCUUCACGUUGUUCGACGAGACGCCGGCGGGUGAGAUGAAGAUCUCCUUCGCUCAGUGCGGAGACGUGAUGCGGGCGCUGGGCCACAACCCCACCAACGACGAGGUGCUGAAGCUGCUGGGGAGGCCGAAGGCGGAGGAGCUGAAUGUCAAGCUGCUGGACUUCGACAGCUUCCUGCCCAUGCUGCAGCACGUGGCCCGGUCCAAGGAGCAGGGCACCCUGGAGGACUUCGUGGAGGGCCUGAGAGUCUUCGACAAGGAGGGCAACGGCACGGUGAUGGGGGCCGAACUGCGCCACGUCCUGUCCACGCUGGGGGAGAAGAUGACGGAGGACGAGGUGGACCGGCUGAUGGUGGGACAAGAGGACGCCAACGGGCUCAUCAACUACACGGAGUUCGUCAAACACAUCCUGGCCGGGUAAAACCAUCUGCCGGGUUCUUCUGAUGGACUGAGUUUCUGUCUCUCCCUGAUGGACUGAGGUUCUGUCUCUCCCUGAUGGACUGAGGUUCUGUCUCUUUCUGAUGGACUGAGGUUCUGUCUCUUUCUGAUGGUUUAAGGUUCUGUCUCUUUCUUAUGGUCUGAGGUUCGGUUGGUCUCUGAUGUCUCUGUAAGUUUCCUCUCUGUAUCUCUAAUAAAAGCUCUUUGUCCCUCUCA